GUUCCCCUUUCCGAUUCACAGCAGCGUGUGAAAAGUCACAAGUAUCCCAAAUGAGUCAUCGGAUUUCAAUUAGUUUUCCCUUCUGUUAUUGCCGCAUUUGUUUAACUACGUUGCUGUUAAUGAAUUGCUGAACAUUAUACGGAUAUAUCCCACUGGCUUUGCGGAGGCAAUGAGGCUGAGUGCACCCCCCGCAACAAAGACCUUGACCUGUCCAGGUCUCCUCACUUGAAAUUAGCUAUUACGUGCUGGCUUGUCGCUUCUGUCUUACUGUCCCGAUCAUAGGUAGUGCAGCCGAUAAACAGAUAAGGACGGGCCUUCAGGGUUCUCACUUUACCAACUAUUGGGUCCUGUCUGCCCUCAGCCCCUGCAGCGCCGACAUACAUACUCGUACAGAGUACAUACAACGAAACUGAUCGCAGUUAUAAAAUCGCACUGCCCAUCCCAAUACUCUGGGGUUGCUGAGACAGAUAUGGCGAAGGAUGAUGGACCCCAGUCGCGCGAUCCGACGAAGGCGCUGGAGUAUAAGGAGAAGGGGAAUCGGUGCUUCCAGAGUGGGGAUUUCAAGGGUGCGCAUUCAUUCUAUACGCAAGCGUAUGUUUAUGUUUCUCCUGCUUUCACUCUAUCAACGAUCGGAUGAGGGCUACUGGCUGGCUUGCACCACUCCUCCUUUUUCUUACAACUAAUUCUAUUAGUUGGCGCUUUUAUAGCAACGAAGUUGAAGUUCAAAGCUAAUAGAUCUGGUAUAUAGAAUAAGUUACGACCCCACCAACCCAGCCUUUUUCACCAAUCGCGCAACUGCAUGUAUCAAGCUUCAAGACUGGCAAAUAGUAAUCGACGACUCGGUACAAGCCAUCGACCUGCAACCUGAAAAUAUGAAAGCAUUUUAUAAUCUUGCGCAAGCCCAAAUCGCACUCGAUCAUCCCGGCGAAGCCCUGUCGUCUGCGAAGAAAGCUCACGAGCUGUGCGUCAAGGAGAUUCAUAGUGGAGGUAAGGGGGGAAGCAGUAUCACGGUUAUUACAGAGUUGGUGUUGCGUUGCAAGAAAGAGGGUUGGGAGAAGAGAGAGAAGGCGAGGGAGAGGGGUAGAGAUGGAUUGAAUAAGGAAUUGAUCGAGCUAUUACGGAGGGAAUGCGAAAAGGAAGAGAAAGAACUGGUCACCGAGGGAAGAGGAGAUGAGGUGACAGAUUUGACGAGGGAGUAUGAGAUUAAGAUUGAAGAGCUGAAGAGUACCUUUGAGAUGGCGAAGAUUGGGAAUGAGAUGGAGAGGAAGAAGAAGGUUCCUGAUUGGGUGGUGGAUGAUAUUACUUUUAGUGUGAUGUUUGAUCCGGUCGUGGUAUGUCUUUCUUUCUCACUUCAUCUUACUCAUUUUGGAAAUUUCGGGGGCACAAAGCUGAUAAAACAGACCAAAACCGGACAAUCAUACGAUCGCUCCUCCAUUAUGGAACACCUCAAACGCAGUCCCACCGACCCUCUUACCCGAGAACCACUCCGAGUCCAGGAUCUCCGACCUAAUCUCGCUUUGAAAGCUGCGUGCGAGGAGUACCUGGAGAAUAAUGGAUGGGCGGUGGAUUGGUAGUUGGAUCACUCUCCUCUCAUCACCGAUUGCAUACGACGUGGAAUCAGGAUAUUACUUGCGAAGAGAUAUUGCAUUAGGGAGUUUGAAGGUUGGAAAGCAAGCAAAUUUUUUUGUUCAAAAAAGCAAGCAAGCAAGCGGGGGUUUUUUCUUUUAGAGAUAUCAUUGUGAAUUUGCAUUGAUGGCGUUAGCGUGUUCUCUAUUUGAUGACAUGGAUAUGGAUAUGAAUAUUGCAUCUGGGUUUCCUGUUGCGUGUUUUCUUCUUUCUUUUGAGUUAUAUUAUU